ACAUUUUAUUUUUUAAUAUUCCAAUUUUGCCCCUCCAUACUUUCUCUGUAAACAGCCAAAAAAUCCUCUCUUUGAAUUUUGUCCUGAAGACGGUUGAGAAGAAAAGAACAAGAUUCACAAAAGGUUAACAAAAUUUCGUAACGUAAAAAGAGGAGUUUUUUUUUUUUCUUUAUCUUUUGAGUGUAAAGCCAAAGGGGUUUUUGAGUGUUAAGCUUAGCUUCCUUGCUGUUCACCGUCAUUGUUGGUUCGGCAAAAGCACAUAAGAAAAAAAAGAAGAAGAAAAGGGGAGUUCUUGGUUAUGUAAGCACCCAAUUAACCCAUCAUUUGUUUGAGUUUAAAAUUGAUUAUUUAGGAUGGUGAAAUUGGGCUGUUUUGGUGGACAGUGCGUAGUUGGAGAGUCUUCUUCUAGCUCUAAAGGAAGAAGCCACGAGGGUAAUAUUAAGUAUGGUUUUAGCCUAGUGAAGGGGAAAGCUGAUCAUGCGAUGGAAGAUUACCAUGUCGCAAAAUUUGUACGUAUUGAAGAACACGAGCUUGGCUUGUUUGCUAUUUAUGAUGGUCAUAUGGGGGAUGAGGUUCCUUCUUAUCUGCAGAAACAUCUGUUUGCCAAUAUCAUAGAGGAGGAGGAGUUUUGGGUAGAUCCACGACGGGCAAUCACAAAAGCCUAUGAAAAAACUGACCAGAAAAUACUUUCAAAUAGUUCUAAUUUGGGCCGAGGUGGGUCCACUGCUGUCACUGCUGUACUGAUAAAUGGCCAAAGAUUGUGGGUAGCUAAUGUGGGAGAUUCACGAGCUGUUCUUUCUCGGGGUGGUCAAGCUAUUCAGAUGACAAUAGAUCAUGAGCCAAAUACAGAACGAAGCAGCAUUGAGGACCGAGGAGGUUUUGUCUCAAAUAUGCCAGGUGCUUUCCUGAAAUCUGAGCAAUGUAGUCAGUGAUUGACAAAUUUUUGUAGAUAAUCUUU